CAAAUCUCCACUACUCUCUCUUCUUCUCCCCCGCAUUUUCUCUUCCUAAAACCUCCCCCAAAAUGCAAUUUUAACCCUUCAGCUUUGUCCAAUACCUUUCGCCUUUUCCAUAUAUCUUCCUAUAAUUUUCUCAGGCUUUCACUAUGCUGAACACUGAAGUUCAUACCGACUUGGUUUGAAAUUAAUAGACGUUCUUCAAAUUUCAAUUGCUCUUGAUUUGAUCUGCAACUAGUACUUAUCAUGAGAAAUAGUGAAGAUGAUAAGCCUUGCAAAACUGAAGAAGCAUCGUCAUCAACGAAGGACCAAAGUACCGCCCAUGUGUAUCCCGACUGGGCAAUGAUGCGAGCUUACUGUGGCCCACAAUUUACUGUGCCACCAUAUCUUAACUCAGCUGUUGCUUCUCCUCAUAUUCCUCCACCAUAUAUUUGGAUAUUACCUCCACAGUAUAUGGUACCUCCUUAUGGGGCUACAUACCCAGGAUAUUAUUAUCAUGAGCGAGUUUAUGGGAAUCCUGGAGUUUUGAUGGCUGGUACCUCUUUUAGCAUAGCUACACCUGCUGAGUCAUCAGGAAACACAGAUGGAGGCUUCAUGAAGAAUGAGUCCAAAGAUUCUCAAGGGUUUGCAGUUCCAGUCAGGAAUGGAAAUGCUGAAAGUGGUGGACAUGGACUAGAUCUCAGACUGUCGGAAAGUGAGGUGACUGACAACCCCAUUGACAGAACAAAUGGAGUUACAGCAGAGGCUGGUCGGAGUGGCAUGAAGAGAAAUCGAGAAGGAUCUCCCAAGGGUGAAACAAAAGGUGGCAAGAACCAAAAGAAAGGCAGUGCUGAUGUUGGUCAAGGUUAUGAAAGUAUGAAACAGGCGUAUAGUCCCACAUACACACACUGUUCUAGGAUUGGUCAAGGUUAUGAAAGAAUAAAAACAACAGAAAAUGCAAGUACUGUUCUAGGAUUGAAGGAACCUUCUAUUCUGGACGUGAAGCCCGUGAAAACUUAUAAUCCGCGGUCAUCGAUUGCAAAUGAAGCCCAAAUGCAGGGUACACCGGAGCAACCAGAGCUGAAAUUGGAGAAGAGGAAACAGUCAAAUUGAGAAUCUGCUAGAAGAUCGAGGUUGAGAAAACAGGCUGAGGCUGAGAAACUAGCCACCGAAGUUCAAACACUAAUUGCUGAGAAUAUGACCCUGGAAUCCGAGUUAGAUGAUCACAUGAAGUCCUCCUAGAAACUAGAGCUUGAAAAUGGCACACUACUGGAGAAACUAAAAGAUGCUCGACCAGGAGAAGUAAACUUCCUCAAGAUUGAUCGUAUGAGGUCACAACCAGUUGACACGGUGAACCUACUUGCAACGGAGAGAACGGAUGAGGAUGGUGAUUCGUACGAGCAGAGAAGCCCGGUAGCAAAGCUUCAUCAGCUGGUUGAUUUACCUUUCUUGUCUUCACGAUUGUUCUUAGUAAAUCUUUUGGUUUUGGUAUAGAAACCCUGAAAUCUAUUCACACUCUGAGUGGUUAUGACUUAUUUUGAGUGACUGAAACAAUCACCGCUCUUUCACACAAGCCUUAUUAGAUACAGUAAUAUUUUAGAUUUCAAUUGUGUAAAUACUCCAUAAAAAAUGGAAUAGUUUUGCGGGGUGGCCAUUAUGUGGUUGAAUAGUUUUAUUGCUGUAUUUAUACCAUAUCAAGAUUGAUGCUACAACUAAAUCUAUAAAUUUAUUUGUAAUUAAA